AUGUCCAGCACAAUGAAAGCAGUCGUCAUCCGAGGCAAAGAAGCCAAACUUGAACGCGAUCGUGCUCUUCCCAAGCUUCGGGAUGAUUAUAUUCUCGUCAAGACCGAGGCUGUUGCUCUGAACCCCACGGACUGGAAGCAUGUUGCAUUUGGCCUUGGCGCUGAGGGUGGAUUGGUCGGUUGUGAUUUUGCCGGUACUGUUAUUGAAGUUGGAAAUGCCGUCACCAAAGGUUGGAAAAAGGGCGAUAGACUUGCUGGGGUCAACCACGGUGGGAAUUCCAGCAACGUGGAAGAUGGAGCGUUCGCAGAAUAUGUAGUAUCCAAAGGCGACUUGCAGAUCAAGAUUCCAGAUGGUUUGAGUUUCGAAGAUGCUUCAACUCUUACCCUCGGUGUCACAACCGUUCAACAAGGGCUUUAUCAGAAGGCCUUGAAGUUGAACCUUCCCAAUGACCCGAUCAAGGAGAAAACUUUCGUUCUGAUAUACGGUGGUAGCACCGCAACAGGCGCCCUGGGUGUUCAAUUUGCCAAGUUAUCAGGAUACACUGUUUUGGCGACCAGCUCGCCAAGGAACUUCGACUAUGUGAAGAGUCUUGGGGCAACCGAGGUUUUUGAUUACAAUGAGCCCAACAUAGGCCAGAAAAUCCGAGAGUAUACCCAGAACAAGCUCAAACUCGCCUGGGACACAGUCAGCGAAAGUGAAUCCGCCACCAUCGUCGCUCAGGCCAUGUCCACGGAAUCCGGAGGUCGAUACGGCAGUAUCCUGCCUAACAAAUUUCCACGGGAUGAUGUCAAACAUGAAUCAACCCUUAUGUAUACCAUCUUUGGCGAGGCGUUCAGAUUUGGCCCCACGGAAUUUCCUCCCGUUCCGGAGGAUUUCGAGUACACCAAGACGUUCCUUGGAAUAGUGGAAAAGUUGCUCGCCGAUGGAAAGUUGAAGCCACAUUCCGCCCAGGUCGGUAAGGAUGGGUUGGAAGGAGUAUUGAAGGGACUGGAUGAUUUGAAGAAUGGUAACGUCAGUGGGCAGAAAUUGGUUUAUCGAGUCUCCGAGACUCCUUAG